AAAUAUUAUUUAAUUUGUCCUUUUAGCAUUCCAAAGAAAGUUAUUGGCAUUAUUAGAAGAUUUUAUUGAAGGAAGAAAUAGAAGCAGAAUCCUAAAAUGAGUACAAAAAUCUAGUAAGGUCAAUGAGAAAAUCCAGAGUUUUCUCUCUCUUUUAACUUUAAAAUGUUUGUUUCACCUGAUCAGUUACAACUGUAACAAUAUAAAUUGCUCAUCUGGCUUCAAAUAUACUUUCACUGGUAGAUCAUUGUAAUUCAAAUCCAUUCAGUGCUGCUUCACUUUUGUAAUUUGUUUUCUAACUUUAAGUAGUGUACCCUACACCUAUGUUAGUGAUAUAGCACAUUGAUAACAUUUUCACUCAUUUAAAGGUAUGUUUGCUGACAAACUCUUUGCACCACAAGAAAAUUCUAAAAGGCAAUCCUUAUACAUUCAAAUAGCCUGAACGAGUAAUUGACAUAGCUCAAAUCCUGGUUAGUUCUGAAUUUUCUAAAUUAAGGUCACAGAGUUCUAAAAUCGCAUUCUUAAAAAAAAAGUGGUAGAAAUAUAUUUCAAUAGUGAAGAAAAUAUACUCAAGGUCACAAUAUGCCAGUUCAAUGCUCACUCUAACAUUUACGACAUAAUCAGGCUAAUUUUUAACUGGGUUUUGCCUGGGGUUUUCUUAAGGUAAUAGUAGAAACUUAGUUAUAAAAGAUGAUAAAGUUAUCAGUGACAAAAUAUCAAAGGGUCAACAGAAAAGGGGAGAGGUAUUUAAAUAGAAGUGAGAACUUGUAAGUCGUUUGUGGAAAUCUAAACUGACAGGUAAUUUUUAAAGACCUUCAAAUUAAGAUAAGAAUAAGAAUUUUUAAAGAAAAAAUAAAAGAAACAGCUAAAGAAGUGAGACACAGUCAUUUGGGGGGGUUGUCUACCUACACAAUGAGGUCACCCUAGCUUCCGGAAGUGACACGUAAUCACCUGCUUUACACUAGCUCCGCCCCUUCCCUCAGAGGUCCCGCCCCUCCGCCAGUAGCCGGGAGUGUGUUAGGGGGCGUUUCUCCAAGAGGAAAGCUGUGAGCUGCGACGCUGAGGAAGGGGACCCCAAAACGUCUGGCACUGCCCCCUCCAGGGAUCACUUUGGACCACCUCACUCGGGCCAUCGGAAUUCUGAAACGCCGAGGGGUCAACCUGAUGGGUUUCGGGGUCAACGGAAGAGGGGAAGGGGAGCCCUGGCGGGGAGAACCCCCCGGUCCCCCGCCCAGCAGCUGAGACACAGGAGGGCGGCCAUCUUGGCCGAGAGGGUAGGGCUGGGGAGCUGCGGGAGCCGUGCGAUUGGGGGGCUCGCCCGGAAGUGACGCCAACUACCCGGAAGCGGAGGGGGUUCCCUGGCCCACUCCCCCCUCGUUCGUUUGCUCCCCCGCUUCCUCCCCGCCCCCCAUCCUCUCCAUUCGUUCCCCCCCCCCUCCCCGUUCCCUGUCUUCUUUCCCCCUUUUCCCUCCCCCCCAACCUCCGGAGCUGGGAAGAGAGUCAAGAUGGCGGCGAAAUCCGAUGGCGGUGGCGUGGGGGUGGGCUUUGCCCAGCUGCACAACCUGGACGAGGCAGUGGGCAGCGGUGGCGAGGAGGACGGGGAGCCCGGGGGAGGCGGCUGCGGCGGCGGCGGCGACGGCAGCGACCCCGGCGAGAGCAGCUCGCUCCAUAUCUGCCACUGCUGCAACACCUCCUCGUGCUACUGGGGCUGCCGCUCCGCCUGCCUGCGCUCCCUCCUGGGCAAGAAGCCGCGCCGCAGCGCCGCCGCCUCGGCCGCCGACGGGGGGGACCAGCCGCUGCAGCCGCCGUCGGCCGGCGCCGGGCGCCACCAACCGACGCCUUCGUCCGCGCAGCCCCAGCAGCUGCCGCCGCAGGUGGAGCGGCCGUGGCUUGACUGCCUGUGGAUUGUGCUGGCGCUGCUAGUCUUCUUCGGGGACGUGGGCACCGACCUGUGGCUGGCCCUCGACUACUACAGCAAGGGCGACUAUGGCUAUUUCGGGCUGACCCUCUUCUUUGUGCUGGUGCCGUCGCUGCUGGUGCAGAGCCUGAGCUUCCGCUGGUUCGUGCAGGACUACACGGGCGGCGGACUGGGCGCCGUGGAGGGGCUCAGCAGCCGCGGCCCCCCCCUGAUGGGGGCCGGCUAUGGUCAUGGCGCGGUCCGCGGCGGGCCUGGCGCUGGGGGCUUGGCCACGCCGGGUGCGCAGCGUCUGUGCCGGCUGUCUGUGUGGAUCUGUCAGUCCGUUAUCCACCUGCUGCAGAUGGGACAGGUGUGGAGGUAUAUCCGCACCAUGUACCUGGGGAUUCAGAGCCAGCGGCGGAAGGAACACCAGCGACGCUUUUACUGGGCUAUGAUGUAUGAAUAUGCAGACGUCAACAUGUUGCGCCUCCUGGAGACCUUCCUGGAGAGUGCCCCCCAACUGGUGCUACAGCUCUACAUAAUGAUCCAGAAGAACAGUGCCGAAACGCUGCCCUGUGUCUCCUCUGUGACCUCCCUGAUGUCCCUGGCUUGGGUGCUAGCCUCCUAUCACAAGCUGCUGCGGGACUCCAGGGACGACAAGAAGAGCAUGAGCUACAGAGGGGCCCUCAUCCACUUCUUCUGGCGCCUCUUCACCAUCUCAUCCAGAGUUAUCUCUUUUGCCCUCUUUGCUUCCAUCUUCCAGCUCUACUUUGGUAUCUUUGUGGUGGUCCACUGGUGUGCCAUGGCCUUCUGGAUUAUCCAUGGCGGAACAGACUUCUGCAUGUCCAAGUGGGAGGAGAUCCUCUUCAACAUGGUGGUAGGGAUUGUGUACAUUUUCUGCUGGUUUAACGUCAAGGAAGGGCGGACUCGAUAUCGAAUGUUUGCAUAUUACACCAUAGUCUUGACCGAGAAUGCUGCCUUGACGUUUCUUUGGUAUUUUUACAGAAACCCGGAGACCACUGACUCCUAUGCGGUGCCAGCAGUGUGUUGUGUGUUUAUUAGCUUUGUGGCUGGGAUUGCACUGAUGCUCUUAUAUUAUGGUGUACUGCAUCCUACGGGGCCACGAGCUAAGAUCCUUGCCAGCUCCUGUUGUGCCGAGCUGCUCUGGGGCAUCCCUUUGCCCCCCGAUGUUGAACCCAUGGCUCCUCAGACCCCUGGGUACCGGGGGACCCAGGUCACGCCCACCAGAGCCGUAACGGAACAACAGGAGGAUCUCACGGCUGACACUUGCUUGCCCGUUUUCCAAGUGAGACCCAUGGGACCCCCUACCCCGUCGGGGCUUCCUUACCACCCAGAAGGGCCCCUCAUUAAGAUAGACAUGCCAAGAAAGAGAUACCCGGCUUGGGAUGCCCAUUUUGUAGACAGGAGACUGAGAAGGACUAUUAACAUUCUGCAGUAUGUCACCCCUACUGCAGUAGGCAUUCGGUACCGAGAUGGACCGCUCCUUUAUGAGUUGUUACAGUAUGAGUCUUCACUCUAAAAGCAUCUUGACCCAAGUUGAGAAGGGGACCUUAAGUUUGGUUUGCGGUAAAUACCGCUUGCAAGAAAUAUAACCGUCCCUUCCCCCAAUACACAGAACCACGACUACCACCACCACCGCCACCACCACUACAA